UGUUCAGAGCGAUAGCCUCCAAGGAGCCCUCAGACAAACACAAGCAGCCGUGAGGUGUUAGACUUUCCUCAGAUACCCACAGCAGCAUAACCGCACUUGAAACCAGAGCAGCACUACUUCAAGGACACUAUUACCAGCUUAGUGUCUACUCAUCUGUGGAUUUUUGGGAGCACCAAACCAGUGACUGAAGGAGAAGCUUUGCCUGGAGCCAGUGCUUGGACUUCAAAAAAGUAAACAAAACAGUUUUGGGACAAGAUGGCACUUCGGCAGAACUCAGACAAGGAGCCAAGCAUUGAGCUGUUCAUAAAGGCUGGGCAUGAUGGCGAGAACGUGGGGAACUGCCCUUUCUGCCAGAGGCUCUUCAUGGUGCUGUGGCUGAAAGGCGUCAAGUUCACAGUGACCACUGUUGAUAUGAGGAAGAAGCCAGCCGAGCUCAAAGACCUGGCCCCUGGGACCAACCCUCCUUUCCUCCUCUACAACGGCACCCUCAAGACAGACUUCAUCAAAAUAGAGGAGUUUCUUGAACAAACGCUGGCUCCUCCCAGGUAUCCUCAUCUCAGCCCGCUAAACAAAGAGUCCUUUGACGUGGGUGCUGACAUUUUUGCAAAGUUCUCUGCUUUCAUCAAGAACAGCCCAAAUAACUCGUUCCAACAGAAAAAUCUGCUGCGGGAGUUUAAACGCCUGGACAUCUACCUGAACUCCCCCCUCCCCGAGGAGAUCGACCACAACUCCACAGAAACCAUCACUGUGUCCAAGAGGAAGUUUCUGGACGGUGAUCGCCUCACCUUAGCUGACUGCAACCUGCUGCCCAAACUGCACGUUAUCAGGGUUGCUGCCAAGAAAUACUGCGACUUCGACAUUCCCGCCGAGUUCACAGGCGUGUGGAGAUACCUUCAAAAUGCCUACGAGAGAGAGGAGUUCAAACAGACGUGUCCGGCCGACAUUGAAAUCGAGAAGGCUUACUUCAGCGUGGCCAACAAGAGAUAAUACAUUUUUCGUUCCCUGCAGCUAAUGUCCGAUUUUUUACUGUCAGUUUAAUCGUGCGUGGAGAGAUGGUGAUCUAUAGAGGCCGCUACAACCUACAACAAUAAACCACGGCAGUGAAUCAGACACUAUUACACUGUAAAGGUGGAGUUUGCCAUUCUAAUUUGAUACACUUUUUGUUUUUUGUCAAAUUCAAUGAACAUCUGUCCAUUUUGUGUGUGUGCUGAAAAGAAUGUGGUGCUUAUACACGGUCAUGGCUCUGUAGAUUUCUGAAGAAUCGUAGACUCCGCCUUUAAAAAUCAUGAGCUGGUGUUGCAGUAAAACUGUAUGUGCUGAAGUCAAAUGUUCUGUUGGUUGUACAUACUGACUGUUUAUCCAUAGUCACUCACAGACAACUAAAGGCCAAAUGUGCAAUUAACUGUUGAUUAUUAUUUAGCAGAGUUGUUGUUUAUAGUGUAAAUACAGAUAUUUUUUCUCUUCUUUUUGCAAUCUAAACACCUACAUUAUAACAUAUAUGAUUGUGUUAGUAGUAGCAGCAGCUGCAGAAACAGUUCAUUUUUAUGCAGAAGACACGCCUGUAUUUUACUCUGUACAAAUGAGGUUUGAUAGGUUGAAAUUUUCUCACUGACACACUAAUAAAAAUACUACAGUCUUGAUUUCAA